AUGGCUGAAGAUCAAGUUGCUGCAGGGAUCAUCAUCCUAGGGGCUGGUGUCAUCGGGCUCACCAUUGCCCAUGUCCUCUCCGAAAAUGAGGAUAUCGCCCGUCGGCUGACGAUAGUGGCCCGCGACAUGCCAGAAGAUCUCGACUCUCAAGCCUUUGCUAGUCCUUGGGCUGGCGCAAAUUGGUCCCCCAUCGGUGGAUUCAACGAGAGGAUCCAUGGAUGGGAAACACUCUCCUUCAACAAGUUCUGGGAUAUGAUACCCUCCGGAUUAGUGAGGGAAUUGCCGUCAAAGGUCCUCUACACCUCGGAAUCCAUGCUAUCCAACAUAUGGUACAAGGACCUCGUCCGAAAGUUCCGCGUGUUGGACAGCUCAGAGCUUCCGUCUGGCACGUCUCCUGCGAUCGUCGCGGGAGUAGCCUUCUCCACGAUCUCCGUAGACCCGCAGACAUAUCUGCCGUGGUUGAAGGCCGAGCUCGUCAAACGCGGCGUUACCUUCGUCCGCAAGAAGAUCUCGAGCCUUGGCGAGGCCACGUCUUACGCCGGACCAGGAGGCGUUCUGAUCAAUGCAUCUGGCUUGGGUGCAAGGUCCUUGUUCGGUGUGGAGGAUCUCGCACUUCAUCCGAUCCGGGGCCAGACUAUCAUCGUCCAUUCCCCCAAAGCCUGGAAUGAGUGUCUUAUGGUCAUGGGUGACCAACCCUCUCCGACUGGGGAAUCCACGUAUAUCAUCCCUCGCACAACUCCCGGGGUUGUCCUCCUGGGUGGCACGUUCCAGCCCCACAACUGGGACGUCUCCGUCGACUUGACCAUAGCGGGCGGUAUAUGGGAAAGAUGCGCCGCGCUUCAGCCCUAUCUGAAGGAUUCGGAGACGCGCAUACUCAGUCACAACGUGGGCCUUCGCCCGGCGCGCACAGGCGGCCCGCGGGUGGAGACGACCUGGGUCGAAUUGGGUAGAAGCAGGAAUCGUUCCUCGCUGACGCCCUGGUACGUCACGGAGGGGUCAGCUGAAGGGAAGGUCCUUGUCAUACACGCGUAUGGCUUCGGGCCGGCGGGGUAUCAGAACUCAUGGGGUGCCGCAUACGAAGUCGCCAAACUACUCAGCGAGGCUUCGAAGCAGAAAUAA